GGCGGCAGAUCCCCGAGGCUCCCGCAGCCGCGGCAGGACCGGCCAGCGGCGCCAUGGAGGGGAGCCCCAUCCCAGUGCUGACGGUGCCCACGGCGCCCUAUGAGGACCAGCGGCCGACCGGUGGCGGCGGGCUGCGACGGCCCACAGGGCUCUUCGAGGGCCAGCGCAACUACCUGCCCAACUUCAUCCAGAGUGUGCUGUCGUCCAUCGACCUGCGCGACCGUCAGGGUUGCACCAUGGUGGUGGGCAGCGACGGCAGGUACUUCAGCAGGACGGCUACUGAGAUCGUGGUGCAGAUGGCUGCGGCCAAUGGGAUUGGUCGACUGAUUAUUGGGCAGAAUGGCAUCUUGUCGACCCCUGCAGUCUCCUGCAUUAUCAGGAAGAUCAAGGCAGCUGGUGGGAUCAUUCUAACAGCCAGCCACUGUCCUGGAGGACCAGGGGGAGAGUUUGGAGUGAAGUUUAAUGUUGCCAAUGGAGGUCCUGCACCAGAUGUUGUCUCAGACAAAAUCUACCAGAUCAGCAAAACAAUUGAGGAAUAUGCCAUAUGUCCAGAUCUUCGAAUUGACCUAUCUCGACUGGGAAGACAAGAAUUUGACCUGGAGAACAAGUUCAAACCAUUCAGAGUGGAGAUUGUGGACCCCGUUGACAUCUAUCUCAACCUCCUCCGGAAUAUCUUUGACUUUAACGCCAUCAAGAGUUUGCUGACAGGACCCAGCCAACUGAAGAUCCGUGUUGAUGCUAUGCAUGGAGUUAUGGGACCCUAUGUAAGAAAAGUUCUGUGUGAUGAACUGGGAGCUCCAGCCAACUCCGCAAUAAACUGUGUCCCACUAGAAGACUUCGGAGGGCAGCACCCAGACCCAAACCUGACCUAUGCAACCACCCUCCUGGAAGCCAUGAAGGGGGGAGAAUAUGGAUUUGGAGCUGCGUUUGAUGCUGAUGGGGACCGUUAUAUGAUCCUUGGCCAAAAUGGCUUCUUUGUGAGUCCCUCAGACUCUCUCGCCAUCAUCGCUGCCAACCUCUCUUGCAUUCCGUAUUUCCGUCAGAUGGGGGUUCGCGGGUUUGGGAGGAGUAUGCCAACCAGCACGGCUCUGGACAGAGUGGCUAAAUCAAUGAAGGUCCCCGUGUAUGAGACCCCUGCUGGAUGGAGAUUCUUCUCAAAUCUGAUGGACUCCGGACGAUGCUCUCUGUGUGGAGAGGAGAGCUUCGGCACUGGGUCUGAUCACCUCCGAGAGAAAGAUGGCCUCUGGGCUGUCUUGGUCUGGCUGUCCAUUAUUGCUGCCCGGAAGCAGAGCGUGGAGGAAAUUGUUAGAGACCAUUGGGCCAAAUAUGGCCGCCACUACUACUGCAGGUUUGAUUACGAGGGACUGGAGCCCAAGGCAACCUAUUACAUCAUGAGGGAUCUGGAGGCCCUAGUGACAGACAAGUCCUUCAUCGGCCAGCAGUUUGCUGUAGGGAGCCACAUUUACAGCAUUGCAAAGACUGACAGCUUUGAAUAUGUGGACCCCGUGGAUGGCACCGUGACCAAGAAACAGGGCCUGAGGAUCAUCUUCUCGGAUGCAUCACGGCUAAUAUUCCGGCUCAGUUCCUCCAGUGGUGUGCGGGCCACCAUCAGACUGUAUGCAGAGAGCUACGAGAGGGAUCCCAGUGGUCACGACCAGGAACCACAGGCAGUGCUGAGCCCGCUCAUCGCCAUCGCAUUGAAAAUAUCUCAGAUUCACGAGAGGACCGGCCGGAGAGGACCCACCGUCAUCACCUGAGCACAGGGCAGCAGAGCACUCCGAGAGAUGCUUCACCAUGCCUUCUUGCUUCCUGUUUGUGCCUCUUAGGACUUUGGAAAAACAAAAGCUAUUUUGCUGUUGGGGUGGGGUGGGGUGGGGUGACAGGAGGGUGGGAGUGGGGGGAGGGUAAGUACCCCUUUUGUUUUGAUUUGUCUUCCAAAAGCAGCAGGGUCUUUGGUUGGUUGUCUGCCAAAGCUUCACUAUUGUUUAAUACCUGGAUUUCAUCACACCAAAGUGCUUCCCUUUCUGAGAAAAAUAGAUGCCCUAGGGAACUAUUAAUCACAGCCCCUGUAUAUUUCUAGUGUCUUGUGAGAAAAGAUUCUGAGAGACAGGAUAGAGAGAGAGAGAAAGGGAGGAGAGAGAGAGAGACAGACAGACAGACAGACUAAGGUUUAGAACUUCUAGGAAACACCCCCCUCCCACCAGUCGUCCAAUGGCCACACUUCCCAGCCUGCCAACAACUCUGCACCACCUCUCUUACUUUUCUAGGGUUUUCUAUGAUUCACAAUGACACACCUCCAACAAGGCAUAUAAAAGGGUGUUUUCCUUUCUUUUAUUUUGCAUGUAGUCUUCAUUUAGCUACCAAUCUGGCUGCAUCUCUCUGAAUGUAGUCGCUUCCUGUGCAGGUGGGGAAGGAUUUUCUAGAAAGGUUUCAAAAUGAGGAGGAAGCUUGCUUGAUUAUGUCACAGAAGUCAAUACAUGAGUCUGUAUAAAUCCUCCCAGGAAGAAUACCAGCGCAUGAUCUGAUCUUGCUCACAGUAGGUGGAUAAAGGAGAAGAGAAGGGGCUGGAGUGUUUAAAGGGACAGUUGUGGGCCCCAUGAGACAGAGAGGUGGAUUGUCACAACUGGCUUUCUUUGCCUGGGAGGGAAAGAGACCUGGCAGCUCCAGCAGGCACGUGGACGAGGGCAGAGUCCUCAGCCAGGCUCGGGAUGUGUUUGCUUCUGUUUGUCUCCCUUGGGAACUGCAGGUUCCUUACCACACCAUUUGCGGAGGUGACCUAGUGCCCUUUGACUGUUGAGCAAGGCAUGAUUGCUGUCGUCAAGGUCGGCGCCUUAAGGAAAGAUUUCCAGCAAGGUGUUUGUUUCCGUUUUCUCUCUGUGCUUCUGUCAAAAACUUGCUAGGACAUUUAGGAGUCAAUAAAACAGAAUUUCCUUAUUUUAACCUCCAUACAAGAUUAUGGGCCUCAGGUCCUUUGUGCCUCUUGCUGCUUUGCCAUUCCAUCAGUGGCCCCCUGUACUGAUAAAUCAGCUGCUCAGAACACUGGCACGGCUGUUGUUAGCUCUGAUGACUGGGCAAACGGAUUCUAAAAUUAGAACAGGGGGGUAAAAAUGGAAUUGCUCAAAAUCAGUUUUGGGAAUCAACAAAAAUUAAAAUGGCAUCUAGUCAUUCACCAUAACAGGGUUUACUUCGGAAUAAUACGAUGGUAGCUUUUUAGCUGAGAUUAUUUAAAAAAAAAAAGGUUAUAAAAAGUAUGUCAGGCAUGAAAAUGUUUUGCCUUGUGGCUUUCAUUCUCAUUAUCUCUGGAGUAAAGGUCCCGAUAACGUCUGCCCGUUCAUUCACUGUAGACAUGCUGUCAGUGUGAUCUGACAGAGCCAUUGGCUCAUCAGCUCUAGCUGGGCAAGCAGAUCUCUUUUUCAAGUUCCUGAACUUAAACCAUCUCUAGCUUUUAAGUUCAAGUUAUUCUACUUAAACAUCCUGUUUCCUUUUUAAAAUGUAUGCGUAGUAGCCCAAUUUAUAGUCACUUAUUUGCUCAUUCAUUCAUUCAUUCAUUCAUUCGGCAAACACUGGUUGAGUAGCUACUCCAGAUACAUCUCUGGUUUUGUUAUAUCAGAAAGAAGGAUCAAGUUUUUCUUGCUCUUAGGAAUUUACAAUUUGGAGAGAGUUGGCCGUGACAAAGACCCAAAAGUAACUGGGGAGGCAUAAAUGUUGCAGUAUAGACGCAAGCAUGAACUCUGGGGACAUGCAGAGUGUAACUGACUCAGAAAUCAUGGGACACAUGAAACAGGACACUUUUUCUAAGGAAUAGGGUUUCUUGGGAUCCACAAGCAUUUGUAUAAUUUGCCAGAGAUGAAUGGAAGCAGCAAGACAGAACAGUCUUUAUUAGCCAGGACUUACAGAAGAGGUUGACUUUAGGGGCCACAGUUGGAGUGGUGGGUGACGUUGAGACAGACACAGGCUAUGACAUCAAGGGCAGCUAUAUUAACAAACAGUAGGCUAUGACAUCAGUGUCUCCCUCAGUGACUCUAGGACCCUCUCAAGUUCACAUUGCUGAGGAAUCAUUUCUGCCUUAACCCAAGAUUGUAUGUGUGUAUUCUUGCAUUAUUCUCGUGUGAGAUGGAAACCAGAAACACAGUCUUCCCUAUAUGAUGCUCUAUUUGUCAAAGAUGGAAAGCCAACAGCCAGCCUUUAAGAACAAAUGAUUGGAGGGUCAUUGAGAUGGCUGGAGGGUGGCUGAAGGCAUUACUGCAGAGGCCUUACAAGGGGCUUGAGUUCUUGAACGAGUUGUCCUCUGACCUUCACAUGUGUCCUGGCCUGUGCACACACACACACACACACACACACACACACACACACACACACAAACAAUCUUUUUUUUAAAAAAAUAAGAAUAAGCAGCAUGUGACAUGAAAGAGUUUUGUGGGAGCCAGCACAGUGAAUCACAGAAGAGGUGCUGUGGUUAAAAUGAAGUAACUAUUAGGGCUACUAAGGGCUACUCUGGUGGUCUUCUAGCACCAAGGGGUUCCCUUACUGCAACAUAUAUAGGAGAUUUGGAAAUGUGUAAGUGUAUAAUGAUGCCAGGGAGGCAUUUAUAGGGAGAACUUGGUGGGGUAUUAAAUACUGUACCUGCCAGGUGUCAGCCAUCCACCCCCAAAACAAGACGUUGCUUUGUUUCAUCCAGGACUCUAGAACUUCUUCUUCAUCCUUUAAAAGGGGGAGGGGUGAGUAUGAAGAUGCCUCAGCUAGUAAAUUGUCUCAAAAAGUAUUGACCUCUGGCUUCCAUAUGUGUGUGUGCACAUGCAUUCACACAUAAGAGUAGCCAUUUUUAAAGAGAGAACACUUAUCAAGUCUUACUGUUUCACAUUGCAGAAUGCGUCCAUUAUAUUUACAGGUCAUGAAUGCCUUCACAUAAGAAGCUUUAGAUUCAUGGCCAUCCUUGAUAGAGGUCAUGGAUGACCCUGAGGUCAUGGCCACACUUAAUCCUGGCAAGAAUGAUGGUAUCAUGGCAUUGUUUGGCCACCCACUGGUCAAUAUCAGGCUUGAGAUUUGUUAGUGGUCGGAUCCACGAGCUAUGGCUGAUGUAGAGGAUGAGCCACGUUUGUGGAUAAGGACAGUAAGAUGACUCCAUGCCCAUGGCUAGUAAAUCAGUGUUUGGACCAUCAGCCAACGGCAAGAGAUUAUCUGAGGCAGCAGAGCUUAACAGAAUGUCCGUUCCACUUCAACCAGCUGGAGGUUUCACCAGCAGAAGCAUCCAUGCGGUUGUCAGCUCACUAGUGUGUAACCCUGGCUUGUCUUGGAACUCUAUAGAACACGGUGGAGACACGGGUUUACAAAUGCAUGACUUCCCCUCUUUCCACUUCUUCUGCAUGGAGGUGAUCUUGAAUGAUGCUUCACCAAAAACAACAUACUUAGGGAAAUGUUGACAGACAAACAGACGUCUCAGUAAAAACACCUGUAGGUUUUGCAUGGAGAGGUCAAGACAGGGCCCAGUACAACUCAGAUAUGCAAAGACCCAGCCAGCAUUGUGUGCACUACAUUGACCUUGCCAUCUUGAGCUUCUAGGUGCUGGGGGGCAAUUACUUAAACUUGUUGUUCACCAUAAAACUAUCAACUGGGGUGUGGGUAUCAUAAACAGUGGAGAUGAGGAAGAGAAACGAUCUCUGCCAUGGAGACUUAUUUCUCCUCAUUGUCUCAAAGUCCGAAUGUUCUCCGCAGUAGCCAUGGGACCAUGAAUGCUCUCCGCAGUAGCCAUGGGACCAUGGCUCCCAACCCGGCAGCAUUUCAUUUGAUCACAAAUCUGAGAAAGAAUGAAGAUGCCAGAGCUCCUUCCCACGAGAGCAUCCUUUAGGGGAUAGUAAGGUAUCAUUCAUUACAGUAGGGCAUACUGAUUUGACUUGCCCAUUGGGUUCUAGUUGGUCAGAUUCUAAAAUACAAGACCGCUUUGCAUAACACUCAAGUUCUUGAGUCAGAGUACAUGUGUUUUAGAAACAUGUCAAGGAAUGUGAAUUGCUGCUGAUUUUCUUUUCUUUUUCUCUCCGUCCCUCCCUCUCGUUUGUUCAUUGACAGAGUUUCAUGUAGCCCAGGCUGGCUUCUAACUUACUAUGUAUCCAAGGCUGUCUUUGAACUCCUGAUCCUCCAGCUUCCACUUGGCUAAUGCUUGGGUUGCAGGUGUGUGUCACCAUGCCUGUCUUUAGUGUACUUUUUUAAAGGAAGCAGCAGCUGCUGUCAAUGAAGCCUGGGUUUGCAGAAAUAUGAAUUCAUCUUCAUAGUGUGGAGAAUGUUACCAUGACUUACAUUCCUCUACUGAUUUGUCAUGUAAUACAAAAGGUGGCAAGGGUGGGGGAGGGGAAGGAAAACCCGAGGUGAUGGACAGGUGGUUCAGUGGGUAGUCCUGUUUGCGGAGAAAGCAGGAGGAGCUAGUUUAAACCCUCACAUGUGCAAGGAGGAGAUCCUUGGAAAUUCCCUUGCCAGCCAGCCUACCUGAAACAGCAGCCCCUGGCCACCCCGCGCAUGUGCACACACAUGCACUUGUGCACAUACACAUGUAUAUACAACACACACCCCACAAAAUGAAUUUUAAAAAGACUCUGAAAACAAAAUUUAUGGCCUUAAAGAGACUAACACAAUUUAUGCAAACCGAGUUGAACAUUUGCUUUAGCCAAUGUACAACUCCAGUUGUACAAAAACCAUCUAUUCUGUGUGUGAAUCUGGUUAGAAGUCCAAUAAUGCGGGUCCAUCGGACCCAGAGGGGAAACUGCCCUGCAGAGGGAUGAAAAGAAAUGACAAGAAAGGAGUAAUGAAUUUCACUGCUAAUAAACAAUCCCUUUCCGGCUAAACAACCACCAGUGGCCUUCCUAUCCUGCCAUUCCCUCAUUGUCAUGGAUUCAAAGCAGAGAUACACAAAGGUCAUGGACUAGGGUUGUGUUCGUUUGGCAUCGUAUAUUGAUUAGGAUGUUCACGACCUGUGAACUCAGUAGUGACCAGGAAUCAGAAACUGUGGCCAUCCAGUCCCACUUUGUUGACCUCUUUCUUGACAGCUUCAUCCCUCCCUGUGAGUUUUUAAAGACUCAGCUGUGCCUGUCACUGUGGCUAUCCUCAGUAGGAUGUAGGGCCCAACUCACAGGCAAGGCUGACAUAUUUUAACUGAAAAGCCCAAUAAACCUAAAGCCACCCAGCUUUCUCCUUCAAGGCUGGAAGAUAUUGCAGUGACCCAGAACAUCUCUUUCUGUUAGGGAUCUCUUCUGAAAUGGAGACAGCAAUCUAAGCUGCAUCCUAAAAGGACUAAAGAAAGACACAGCAAGCCUAAUGCAAAAGGGCAAAGUAUCUUCCAUUGCAUCCUUUGGGUCGUUACCUUUCUUCAGGCCACUGUUUUAUUGGAAGUCUUGAAGCCUCAGUUGAUACAUUGGGAAAGCAGGCAUGGGCAUAGCCCUCACCUUGUAAAGAUGGAGUGGGGAUUAAAUAACAUGCACGGGGGCGGGGGUUAGUUGGACCUACUGUUUGAAAGGCAUGCCAUAAGUGUUAGAUCCUGAGUGUCCUGCUGGCAUCCUUCCACCAACAUGUUCUCUGAUUUUAAAAACUCCCACAAAGAAAAUGAAACCAAGGAGGGAAGGCUGUGUUAAGUCUAGAAGUGUAGCUCUCUAUCUACACACACACACACACACACACACACACACACACACACACACACACACACACACACACACACACACAAAACCCAUCCUGGUAUUAGAGAUAUGGCCUUACAGGUAUUAAUCACAUUCUGAAUUUGGCAGGGGCAGAGGUGGGGGUGCAUCUUUGAAAACUACAUGUAAACAUUUUCUAAACUUCACAGGAUUUGCAGCAAGUUGUAUAUUAACAUCACCCUUGAUUCCUUGUAUCACGAAUUAAGUAUUCUAUCUAGUCAACUUGAAUCUAUAAGAACUCCUGCAUGCUUGUAUAAAGACCUCUUUAAGAAAUAACUCAACAUGUUGUGUUUGAACCAUUU